UCUGUCGAGCAGUGUUCGGGCAAGAAGCCACUUCAAUGUGGUGUUGUUGCAUCUUAUCAUUCUAUUCUCAGUCUGGCACGGACUCGCCUUGAUAAACGCACUGCCAUCAGAAACGUUCAAAAGGUGCUUUAUACAGUGUUUAUCAAAAAGCUUUAGCUUCUUGAGUGUUUUAUUCGCCUGCUGUUGGACGUUCUUUAAUAGACCAUGGCCCCUCCGGGAAUCAGCAGCUCCUCAGAAGAAAACCCGAACUUUCUUCACUCGAAAAACAUCGUAGUCCUAGAUGGAGGCUUCGCCACUCAACUGAGUUGCCACGUAUCCCAACCCAUCGAUGGAGACGUUCUAUGGAGCGCCCGAUUUCUGGCUUCUGAUCCCGAAGCUGUUAUUGACACUCACAUUGAUUUUUUACGCGCUGGCGCUGAUCUGAUUAUCACCAACACAUACCAAGCCAGCAUAGGCCUGUUUGUUAAACACUUGAAUCUAACAGAAGAAGAAGCAUAUGCGUUGAUUAAGAAGUCGGUGGAAUUGGCCCAUACAGCUGUUGAGCGGUAUCUGCAAGAGUUUCCUGAUGCCAAAAAGCCUCUAAUUGUCGGGUCCGUCGGACCCUAUGGAGCGUCGCUACACGACGGCUCAGAAUACACUGGAGCCUACGCAAGGAGCACGCCAGUAGAGACCAUGAAAGCCUGGCAUGUGCCUAGAAUAGACGCUCUCAUAGAAGGUGGUGUGGAUUUGCUUGCCAUCGAAACCAUCCCCUGUAGAGCCGAAGCGGAAAUGCUGGUCAAUCUACUCAAAGACAAAUAUCCCCAAACCAAAGCUUGGCUGGCAUUUAGUGUAGCGCAAGACGGCAAAUCGACUGCCUUUGGGGAGCCGUUUCAAGAAACGGCCAGAGCUUGUUAUGACCUGAACCCCGAUCAACUAGUUGCUGUUGGUGUGAAUUGCACCGCUCCAAGACUGAUCGAAUCGCUGGUAGAUGGAAUAAAUGUUGGCAGAAGCACGCCGAUUCCCAUCGUGGUCUACCCGAACAGCGGCGAAAGCUAUAACGUGGAAAUGGGAUGGAUCAACCGAGAUAAAUGUGAGCCCGUAGAGACUUACAUAGAGCGUUGGCUGGACCUGGGCGUCACCUGGAUAGGAGGAUGUUGCAGAACCUACGCUAUUGAUAUCACCAGAAUCCGCAGGGAGGUGGAAAAGUGGAAGCAAAACCACUGCUGUUAGGGGAGGAUGGGCGAGAUCUGUUGGGAGGCGAGGAAUACCGACUUUAUAGUACAAGGGGCCAUUUUGCUCCGAUAAUUUUAACGAACAACCCGUUGGACUGAAACUUGUACCUAUUUUUUGUAAUAUACUUAUGCUCGAAUAAAACCAACAUUUCACAUA